CUCCCAACUGCCAGACUCUCUCUCUCUCUCAAAAGUCUAAACUCACACAGUGACAUGACACCAUUAUAAAUUGGGACUUCUUCACCUCAUUCCUCUUUUUCCCUUUAUUCUUCAAUCUUCUGUUGUUAUCUGUGGAUUCUCAUCUCUUUUGCUGGUAACCAAACAGAGCUUGAUUCUCUCUCUCUAUCUGUGUAUUUGCAAGCAUGGGGUUUGAAGACUUGGAGCCCAUAUUCGGCGAGCCGAAGGUGGAAUGGGACCAGGGCCAAGACUCGGUUAAGCUGCGUCCGUUUUUGUUCCACGUUUCUGCUUCUGAUCCUUCACACCUUAGAAUCCAUGUCACUGAUUUCCACUCCAGUACGUGGGAGGCCGUUAAGUCGGUUGUGCAGCUUGAAGACAUGAGGGAUAACAUUGGAAUAGGGGGCUCUUGGUCUGAGUUUGUUGACUAUGUUAUAGCUUCCAUAAAAUCUGAAGAUUUAAAGCUUGUUAUGGAGGGACAUUCUAGCUCUGGUGGUGCUGCGUAUGCAAAAUUAGUUGGUCAGAAAUUGAAAGGAAUGCCACUAAUUUCCAUUCCUCUCACAAAACUUGUGGACACUGCUGCUAGUGAGGCUAUGGCAAAUCUGUCUCUGGAGCUCUUCAAAGCUUUCAAAAACAUGCGGCAUUCAUUAGUAGAAGAGCAAGAGCGAACUUUUCAGUUGACAAAAGUGAUAUCGGCCGAGAAGGAAAGGAAUGAAACUAUACAGAGCCAACUGGAUUACUACUCAAAGAGGCAAAAGUUUCAAAAGAAGAAUGGCACAGACAAAGCAGAUGUUUCUGCUCCUCCUAUGAGUAAUGGUUUGCAAAAUUCUCCAGACAAGCUAAAAGCUCAAGAUGCAAACUCAACAAAAGUUGUCAACCGUGUUGUACCAGCAUAUCGCAGGGCAAAAGUAAGAGGUGCUUUUCUGCAGGAUGCUGAAGAUGACAAAGAUAGCUAGACACUAAAGAUUUUGGAAAAUUUUGUUCACUGUUCUGUAAAUAAAAGGUUUUGAGGUUUAGAACUCUAGUUCUGAUCAAUUACUACCAAGAAAAAGAAUUCAGUGGCAGAUAGGUCCCAACUAUCUAUUAGUAUCAUGAUUCGCUUUUCUUUAUGCAAAUGAAAAUUGGUUAAUUUUUCCUUUCA